CGACAAACGAACCGAAUUUUGCAUUUUCCGUGAUUUUAGUCAGCAAUAAGUCUUUAAAAAGGACACAAAUCGCAGUAAAUUGAGGAUAUUUCAGUGCAAAACUGCGAUAACGUCAUUUUGUUCGGUAAAAUGACGAGUUUAGAUAAAUGGACAGAUUUCUUCCGCAAAGCUGGAUUGCCGAAGGAAGUUGCCAACACGUAUGCCCAUUCAUUCACAGAGAACCGCAUCCAGAUGACAAUGUUGCCGGAUCUGAACAAGGAGUACUUGCGGGAGAUGGGAAUCUUCCGGAUGGGCGAUAUUAUCUUGAUUUUGAGGCAAGCCAAGUCGGUGCAAGAGCACGGGGAUCUAGUUUCGCCAUCUAGUAGGGUAAAAAGAAAAGUUAGUGAGGACAGUGAGGACGAAAAACCCGUGAUAAAAAGAAAUUCGAGCGUUAUGAGUGGAAAAAUGCGUUCCGACAUCAAACCGAUCGUCAGAAAAUCCGUCAUGACAGAGGAAAGCGAUGAAGAACCAAGUCCUGUACGACGAAAAGUUGAAAAACAGCCUCAAAGAGCCAUGUUGGUGUUAAAAGAGUCAGAUAAUGGUCGAGCAUUACCACAGAGAACGAUUUCAACCGCAAAACCAACUAUUAAACGAACCGUCGACACUAAAAAUUCAAUUUUCGAUCGCUUAGGCGGCAAAACAGCUGAACCCGUUGUCAUAAAGCCAUCUCUAAAAAGCUCUCCUCUUUCCGCAUCGUCGCCACAGUUGAAAAACCAACGCGUUCUCAUGGUGAAAAAAGUACCAGCCAAAGCAUCUUAUGCCUCCUCGAACGAGCUAACAGACGACGAAGACGAAUAUUUGAACCAUUCGACGGAAAAAAGUGUCUCCUUCUCGAAACAAGACGAAAUAAUCGAAAUUUCCUCGCAAAAGAAAGGCAUCCUUAAGCGACGACAAAAAUCCCCGCAAAACGUCAAAGCCCGUUUGGGACUGAAAAACGCAUCACAGGCCCUUGCGAAAAUGCGUCUUCAACAGUCGCCGGCAAGAGGUGCUGCUGCUGUCGCAAAAGUUGUCAGUUCCCUCGAGUCUGAUAAAAUUUUGCGGCAACAACAGAAGAAGAAUCAGUCGGUGCACGAAAGACUCUUCAGUGUGAAGCAACAACAAAAGAAGGAAAUCUCACUGAGUUCCGGCCGAAAAGUCAAGUUGAAUAACACACCGUUGAAAAAUGGCUCGAAUGGCGGAUUGAAGAAGCAAAAUAGCGGACAGAGUGUGUUUGAUCGUCUCGGUUUUAAUAAGCGUUAAAAAAAAUCUGUUUGAAAUUUGUUUUAAGAAAAUAUUUAGAAAUAAUAAAAAUAACAAAAUUAACAAAUUUGGACUUUGAAAAUUCAUCAUUUUUGUGGAAAAUUCCCGGAAAAGCCGAAAAUGCAUUUUGAGAGGAAUGGAAGUGAUACUGUUAUAUUGACGACCUAUGGUACAAUUGGAAAUUUAAGCGAAA